CCUUUCCUAAUAAAAUUUUAAAGAAAUAACUCAAUAAACUACCAUCGCUACAAUUAUGGAUAAUAAUGAUGACUUUAAUUUACUCGAUUUACUUGAACGUAGUUACCACCAAUUCGAUGAUCAAAAUAACAACGAUCCUUCCUCAAUAGGGAUAAAGCAUAAAUAUGCAUCAUCAGUGUCAACACAAUCUACUACUCAAUCUAGACGACCACCAGCACCAAAGAAACGACGUGAACAACAUCAGCAACAACAACAGCAACAACUACAACAACUACAACAACAACAAGAACAACAGCAACAACAUACACCUCUACUCAACGACGAUAACGUAUCGCUUAGUGCUUUUAAUCCUGAUCAUAACCCUGGUGGCUAUGAUAUUCAACCACAAGAACAACCUGAAAAUGCUGGUCUAACUUUUUCUCCAUCUAGUUUCCAAGACUCAGGAGUUUCAUCUCCUGAUGAUAUCAACGAGUGGCUACGACAUGACGAUGAAGAAAAUAUACUGAAACUCAUGACACUUCAACGACAACUAACGGACCUUCAACAAGUAUUAUUGGAAAAGGAACAAGAAUUAGAACUUUAUCGACAAUAUAUGCAUUUCCCUAUUCAAUUUGUCAAGGAACGUGCAAGGCAGACAUACGAUCAAGAAAAAGAAAAAGGAAACGAAAUCGAUAACUUAUCGAUAGACAUCAUUUUGGUAAUCUUAUCAUUAACAAUCGCAAUCAGCUGACAGUAUAAUGAAACUGAUUAUUUAUUUAUGCACCUUGAUGCACCAUAGUCUUCCCUAUUGCGUUCACCAUCAAAACCAACUGAAAAUGUAUCUUUACCUUUUGCCGUCAAGCUUUUUCAGCAAGAAUGGGUCAAGAAAUCUGGAAAGAAAUCAUCUCAUAAUACCAACAACAACAACAACAAAAAAGAAAUCAAGCCAACAGAAAAGCUUGCUCUUCAACAAGUAAACACAGAAAACCAAUCUGAAAG